UACCGCCUGCUCCCGUAUAGACUGAGACUCGACGACUCGAGUGUGGAUUUUCAAGUUUGGAUUUACCAACAGGCAGCUACAAUUUUUAAAAGGAAAUAAUUUGAAAACGUGUCGUAUCUUGCCUAUUUUGAGGGAAUAUUGUUUUUAAACAAUUAAUGGCAACGAAGUGCAAUUUAAAGGUCGCUUGAGCAACGUUUGAAAUAUUUUGGUUAGCUAUAGAGCUUCAUAACAGGAAUAUACAUUAUAGGGCUUUAGCUAGCUUGCUAGCUGUCUGGUACCAGCUUGCCUAUAAUAAAUCCGAACGGACGUCAACGAGAUGAUACAUUUAGAAUUUACCUGAGGAGAUUCACCUUUUACACUUUGAAGGAGGGAUUUAUCCAGAAAAGGAGGAAAGGGACACCAGCUUCCCUCUCUCCCAGAGACUUGAAAGACUUUCCUUGGCCUGUGUGUGUUUGUGUGUAUAUAGGUUGGCCGAGGUGAAGCUUUAUUGAGGUACCCUCAGAAGGUGCAGGGGAAAGGCUAUGUACUUUAGGAGAUGGAGAGAAGGAAAGUAAGGAUCGAAAGUUAUUGUCGGUCGGGUGGAGAAAAGAAGCACUGUACUGCUUAUCUGUUACCUCUGUAAAGACUAAAGAAAGGAGAGAGGAGGAGAAGAGAGGAGGAGGGAGUCUAAUCUAGUGGCAGGGCCCAGUCUCGUAGUGACCAGCAACACUGGAAGAACAGCAGCCAGAGAACCUAGAAGGUGGGUAAUAAGAGGACCACAAAAAGAGAGGAGAGACUGGGACUGAAGGAGAACCAAAAGGUCGGAGGAGAGGACGGGGAGGAGGAGGCGGCGCAUCCCCAUGGCGACGGACCCUGGGGAACCCACAGGAACGGAGGACUCUUCGGAGAAACCUGUUGGCGCACGGGAGGAGGAGACGGACCAGGAGGGCAGCAGGAGGGAGAGGACGCACAGCACCCCCUCAGACUUCCCCUCCUCCCAGACCCAGGAGAGGAGAACCGCAGAGGGAGGGGAGACAGGAGGAGGCAGCGGAAGGGGUGGAGGGCCCGGAGAGACCAGGGACAGUAAGGAAGUGGAGCCCCUGGCGGUUAGACCCAUGUCUCUCUCCACACCCUCGUCCCCGGCUGCGACUGCGGCGGCUUCAAAGUCAGGGGGUCACGGGCCGAGGCUGAGGAGAGAGAAGCGUUUCUUCAGGAAGAGUGUGGAGAUCUGUGAGGAGGACGAUGUGGUAGCGGAUCCCCCAGUUGUCUCGCACUCCGCCCCCUACCUGGACUCAGUCAUCACCCUCGGUGGCACCCAGGUCGCUACCGCCGCCUCUGCAGCCCUGGGACAUGACACGGCCGACCACGACCCAUCCAACCUCAGCUCCACCCAGGACCCCGGGGCCAAGGACCCCCCCUCUUCCGCCCCACCCCAGACGGGGAAGGAGAGAGACAGGGAGCAGGAGGAGGAGGCAGAGAUGAAGGCCGUGGCCACCUCGCCGGGGGGGAGGUUUCUGAAGUUUGACAUUGAGCUGGGGAGGGGUGCCUUCAAGACCGUUUACAAAGGCCUGGACACUGAGACAUGGGUGGAGGUGGCCUGGUGCGAACUACAGGACCGUAAGCUGACCAAGGCGGAGCAGCAGCGUUUUAAGGAGGAGGCAGAGAUGCUGAAGGGCCUCCAGCACCCUAACAUUGUCCGUUUCUAUGACUCCUGGGAGUCAGUGCUGCGAGGGAAGAAGUGCAUCGUCCUGGUCACCGAACUCAUGACCUCGGGAACCCUCAAAACGUACCUGAAGCGCUUCAAGGUGAUGAAGCCCAAGGUCCUGAGGAGCUGGUGUCGUCAGAUCCUGAAGGGCCUUCACUUCCUCCACACCCGGACCCCUCCCAUCAUCCACAGGGACCUCAAGUGUGACAACAUCUUCAUCACCGGCCCUACCGGCUCCGUCAAGAUCGGAGACCUGGGAUUAGCCACUCUUAUGAGGACCUCCUUCGCCAAAAGUGUCAUAGGUACCCCUGAGUUCAUGGCUCCAGAGAUGUACGAGGAACAUUAUGAUGAGUCUGUGGACGUUUAUGCCUUUGGGAUGUGCAUGUUGGAGAUGGCCACCUCAGAAUACCCCUACUCAGAGUGCCAGAACGCUGCCCAGAUCUACCGCAAAGUCACCAGUGGUAUAAAACCAGCCAGCUUCGAUAAAGUCAACGACCCAGAGAUCAAAGAGAUCAUCGGGUGCUGCAUCCGCCAGGACAAGAGUCAGAGGCUGUCCAUCCGGGACCUGUUGACCCAUGCGUUCUUCGGGGAGGACACAGGGGUGCGUGUGGAGCUGGCAGAGGAAGACACGGGCUGUCAGGACUGCCUGGCCCUCAGGAUCUGGGUGGAGGAGCCAAAGAAGCUGAAGGGAAAACACAAAGACAAUGAGGCCAUCGAGUUCAGCUACGACCUGGAGAACGACAGCGCAGAGGAGGUGGCUUCGGAGAUGGUGAAGUCAGGCUUCUUCCACGAGAGCGACGCUAAGGUGGUGGGUAAAUCCAUCCGCGACCGCGUCACACUCAUCAAGAAGUCCCGUGAGAGACGCCAGCAGCAGCUGCUCCAACAGCAGCAAGGCUUUGAUGAGAGACGGGACUCCACCCUCACCUCCGCCACCUGCUCUCACCUCUCCUCCCUGGGGCCUGGGGUGGCUGGGCUGACAGGGGGAGGUGGGGGAGGAGGGCAGGGGGAGGUUGAGGAGCUACCAGAGGUGGAUCAGCAUGUGAGGCAACAGCAGCAGAUCCACAGUGGGAAACCUCUGAGCCUGCCCACAGGAGGUGAGAGCAUUGGCUCAGCCAGCUGUGAAUCCUAUGCCAGUGGCCAGAGCCAGGCAUACCCUCAGCAAGGGGAGUCAUACGUGCUCUCUCAACCCAGCCUCCCUGCUGCUGCCUCGGCAAUUUUGGCCCACCACGAAAUGCUCCCGAUUGGUCAGAGCGGAGGAGUUCCGAACGUACCUACUGGUCAGAGUGGUGGGAUUUCCGCCAUGUGCAUUGGUCAAAGCAGUGGUGGGGCACCUGUUGGUCAGCAGACUUACGUUCAGCCUGUUGCUAUGGCAACGCAAGUCUCACCAGGUGUACCACAGCAGUAUUCUCAGUCAUACCAUUCAGAUGGAUCACAGAUCGCGCCAAUGGCCCCUUCCCAGUCCUGCGCAACCCCAGUCUCGCCCCAAGCACAGCUUAACAUUCUUCCAGCUCCCAUUUCAGUGGGAGACCCAACAGGACUAGUGGGAGUUGGUGGCAUGGAGGCCAUGGUCCCUCUCCCACAACAGACCCAGGCCAAUGUCACCCCUAACAUCAUGCAGGCCUCUGACAUCCAGAUGACACCCCAGCCUUUAACCCAGCAAGCACAGCCUUUCAUGAUUACCCAACAGCAGACCAUUGUUCAACAACAGCAGGUACUGAUGGAGCCACAGCAGCAGCAAAUGGAGGCUCAACAAACCACCCUGCUUCAGCAGCAACAACUACACCAACAACAACAGGCCAAUGUAAUUCCCCAGAAGGCGGUACUGAUACAGCAACAUAUAGAACAACAGCAGCAGACUAUAGCAAUCCAACAGCAGCAAACUACUGAGCUUCAGCAGCAAGUGUAUGUGCAGCAUGCUUUGGUUCAGCAGCAGCAGCAUCCUCAGCAGCAGGCCUUACUACCACAACAACAAUCAAUGGACCAACAGCAGCAACAAGUGGAUCAAACCCAAGCCUAUGUGCAACCACCGCUAAACGACCUACAACAGCAGCAACAACUGCAACAGCAGCAAACAUUGUUACUACACCAGCAGCACCAGAUUGAACAUCAGCAACAACAACAAGCGAUGUUACUAGAACAACAACAGCAAGUGUACAUACAACAGCAGCUUGAGCAACAGCAGCAACAGGCGUUGCUACAGAAGCAACAACAGGCACGACUACAACAGCACCAACUGGAGCAACAGCAAGCGCUGUUACAACAGCAAAUAUUUGAGCAACAGCAGCAGCAAGCGAUGUUACAGCAGCAGCAACAAGAGCAGCAGCAACAGCAAGCCUUAAAGCAACAGCAACAACAGGCGCAACUACAGCAGCAACAGCUGGAGCAACAGCAAGCGCUGUUACAACAGCAGCAGUUCGAGCAGCAGCAAGUGCUCCUACAGCAGCAACAACAACUGGAGGCUCACCAAGCGAGCCAGAUCCAACAACAACCGGAAAUGGAUCUACAACAGCAGCAAUCACUGCAUCAACAACAGCAAGCUGUGCUGCAACAACCGACCCAACUACAACAACAGGCGGUGGUCAGUCAUCCAAUCGACUCACAGCAAGCUGUGCUACAGCAACAGUUGGAACAACAGCAAGCCCUGCUACAACAGCAACAGCUUCAGCAGCAACGAGCAGUUUUACAGCAGCAGCAAUUGGAGCAACAGCAACAACAGGCACAACUGCAGCAGCAGCUGGAGCUACAACAGCAGCAAGCUUUGUUACAACAACAGAUCGAGCAACAGCGGCAACAGCAGGCGUUGCUACAACAACAACAAGCAGAGAGACUGCACCAACAGGCUUUGCUACAACAGCAGCAGCAACAGAUUCAACAACAGCAAGAGACUGGGCAAUCGCAGCAGCAAAUCGCCAAUAUUCAAUUACAACAAAGCGAGAAACAAGAGACCACUUUGAUUCAGCAACAAUGUGAGCAGUUGCAAGCUUUGAUUCAACAGCAACAAAUUGAUGUGUGUUUGUUGCAACAACAACAACAACAGCAAAACACUGCUAUGUUUCCAACUAAUCACGCUAGCCUAACGCAGCAGCAAGUGACAGAACAACAGCAAGUAUCGCUGAUACAACAGCAACAACAAGCUGUAUUACUGGAGCAACAACAACAAGCGUAUGUUGUCCAGCAACAACAGCAGGGCCAUCAGAGCUCUGUCGUUGAACCUCCGCCUCAGAUCCCCCUUGUAGCCCCAACCCUACCAGCAGCAGAGGUUAUACAGGCCGUGCAGGUCCAAGUUCAGAUAGCUGCCCAAGCCCAGGGUCAGGGAGCCAAACCUGUAGCCAUUCAGCCACAGAUUCCCAGCCAGGCUCCACUGGCUGUAGUGCAAGCCCAUGCCCAAGUCCUGGCCCAGAUUCAAGCUCAGAAUGAAGCUCACCCUCAGAGCCCGGGCCAUUUCCCAGUCCCAGUACUCCAGGCCCGGCCCCAGCCUCCACUCAAAGCCCAGCCCCAGAUGAUCGAGGUCCAGAUUCCACCUCACGUGGUGGCCCCGAUCCAGGCACCAAGUCCUCCGAUCCCUAUAAAGUCCCAGGCUCCUAUAGUACAGGCUAUCCAUCAGACUUCAGCUCAAAUACAGGCCCAGGCUCCAGUACAGUCUCUCAUCCAGAAGACUCCCCAGAAUCUGCAUCCAACCCAAGUUCUGAAUCAGACUCCGAUUCCAGCAGUUGUUGAGACUCAGAUGAUGCCUCCUAUGAGGCAGAGUCCAGCUCUGGUCCAACCCCAACCUCCAGUCUCAAUAACCCCCAUGCACAGCCAGAUCCAAGCCCAACCCCAGCACGAGUCUCCAGUGCAGCCCAGUGUUCCGCUCCCAGGUCUAGCGCAGCCUCUACACCGCCCCCAUGCUCCAGCUGUACUACUGGCACCGCAGUAUGUCACUGCACCUCAGCCCACCCAACAGCAAGCCAUACAGCCAGUCCUGCAACAACAACAUCAGGACAUCACACAACAAGUUACCCAACAACAGCAGCAGCAGGUACUGUUGGAGCAACAGCAGUCCAUGGUGCAGUACAAGCAGAUGAUGCUGUCUCCUGGAUCUGUUGGUGUUGGAACUGUCAUGGCGGCCCCUGCCUCCACAGGCAUAGACCCUACCACCUUGGUCUCUGCUUCGCCUCAACACAUACAACAACAGACUGGGCAAGUGUAUAACCAAGGCCAGCAGGUACAGCCUGUCCCACAGCCACAACAGCAGCAGCUGCAAGUAACAGGAAGCCCAGCUGUGGUGCAGCCGUUAAACCAACCCAUACCUCAGGCCCAGUCUAAAUCUAUGCUGCCUCAACCCAUUCCCAUGGAGCAAUACCAACAGCAACAGCUGGUCCAACAGGUUCCACAAGUCGUACAACAGAAACAGCCACAGCAGCUUCAGGCUCAGACAACCCCAGCCCCAAUUCAGCAGGCUCUGCAGUCUCAGCAUCAGCAAGUCUCAAUUCCCGACCCAAGUCAACCGGCUUAUCAGCUUCCUCAGAUCCCCCCACAUCUGUUGCCUCAGCAGCCUACUGUUAACCCAGCACAGACAGCAUCCCCAAGUAACGUGCCCCAGCUCUGGACUCAGACUAGAGCCCUACCCUUGUACAGUCAGAUAGUAGCAGGAGCAGGAGGUCCGCCACCAUCCCCCCAGCACCAAGCUCAGCUGACACAGCUGCUACCCACCCACACACACACCCAGAUGGCCAUGCAAGCUCAGGCACACACCCAGACCCAGAUCGCUGAGGCUGCAUUGGCGGACUCCACCACCGAGCAACAGCCCCCUCUGAAUCCUUCCCAGGCUACUUCCCUCCCUCUUCCACAGAUGCCCCCCAGUCAUUCUCAUACAUCUCACCCCCACCCUGCCUCCCUGCCACCCCUCCAUCCUGCUACCCCUGGCCCAGAGACUCAGCCCACCCCACCAGAGAGCCAACUAACCCUGUCUGGCCUGGCUGAUGCCCCCUCGGGCCCGACCUCUCCCCCGGCUGUUGCCGCCACUGCCCAGCCCCUUGACUCUAACGCCCCCUCGCUGCUGCACCCCACCUCAACCUCGCUCCAAGACUGUGACCCUGCUCUGCUGGGCAUUGCUCAGGAGAGUCCAAACCAGUCUGGCACAGAGAGACACUCCUCUUCAGGUGCUGUUCCAGCCAAUGGGGAUGGGGAUCUACAGAUGUUGUUAGCCAAUGGAAAACUAGAGAGGGUGAAGUCUCAGAGGAGAUUGUCCUAUCGGGGGGCAGAAAAAGGAUCACAUGCAUUUCAACUGAGUAUGAUCCAGGUGUCCAGCUCUGGGGACAACAUGGUGGAGUGUCAGCUGGAAACCCACAGCAACAAGAUGGUCACCUUUAAGUUCGACACUGAGGGAGACGCACCUGAAGACAUCGCAGAUUACAUGGUGGAGGAGGAUUUUGUCCUUGAGUCAGAGAAAGAUACAUUUGUGGAAGAGCUGAGGUCCAUUGUCAAGAGAGCUCAGGAAAUUCUCCUCGCACAUCAACAGACUGGAUCUAUGGAACAGCUGCAUGUGAGCUCUCCAACAGGCACAACAAUGGACUGGGCGCCUCAGUCGUCUCCGGUGGGCAGAUGGAGGUUCUUCAUCAACCAGACCAUCAGACACAGAGACUCCACGUCCAACCAGGGAGGAGCGUCCACCCCUCCACCUCUCUCGACCGGAGAGGUCAGGGUGCCCCAGUCUACAGACACUGACAGAGAGGGGGGCGGAGGAUCCCAGAGAUCGGACUCCUCCUUCGCUGGAAUGGUCUCCUCUCCUCCUCCCCGCUCCACGUCCACCCUGUGUGUCCCUGCCACCGCCUCCUCCCCCCCUGCCUCCGCCUCCACCGUUUCUGCCCCUGCCUCCAUGUCUGCCCCCCCAGCCUCUGCUGCCCCCGCUCCUGACACGACUGCCUCUGACAGUACGGUUUCCGCCCUGACGUCUAGUCUCGCUAGUGCAGUUGUUGCCUCAGUCCCACACCCAGUCCCCGCUGCCUCGGCUGGCCUAGGCCUAGACCUGCAGGCUUCCAUUGACCAAACUUCCAGUGCCACCACAGCAACAUCCUCCAUCCCAACCACCGCUGCCAACCUCCCAGUCCCUACCAUGGUAGCUGCUUCUGCCACCAUCGCGACCACUACCACCCCCUCUCCAACUGAAGCUCUGACCUCCCCAGCUACUAGUGGGGGCUCUAUGGUGAGCCAGGGCCAAGGACCAAGCCUGGGUGAUGUAGUAAAGGUGGCCACCCUAGGACAGUGUGUGUCUGGAGGGGACCACUCAUCCACUGGCUCAAUCCACCCUCCAGUGGCUGUGGCUGCAGCCGUGGCCUCUCCUCCUGUUAGCUGUGCCCGUCUGGAGGAGCAGCAACAAACUCUGCCUCAGAUGCAGUGCAUAGCAGCCCAGGCUCAGCCUCAGGUCCGGUUACAACAGCAACUCCAGACAGUGCAACAGGUACAGCAGCAGCAACCGCUCCUAGAACAUCAGCAACAACAACAACAACACCUGAAGACUGUGCAACUCCAACAGGUACAGCAACAACAGCAAGAGUACCAAGAGCAGAUACAACUGCAGCAGCAGAAGCAGCAACACACAUUGCAACAAUCUAUUCAACAGUUGCAGAUGCUGCAACAACUACAGCCACAACAACAGCAGCAGUCUGAGGUACAUUUGCAGCCCCAGCUCAGUCACACAGAGCCGUUACAACAACAGUGUAUGUCCCUGCAAUCACAGACAGAGAUGUUGCCGCUGGCACUACAACAACAGACUCAGAAAAUGCCUGUCCAAAUGCAGAAUGCAAAGUACAACGCCCAGUUAAACAUGCAACAGCUACACCAGUUGCCACCACCACAGCAAAAACAACCAGUCAUUUCACAGCAACAAGCAGCGAUUGACUUGCUGCCACAGCAUCAGCAACAGUUAGCUCUGCAACAAGCACUGCAUAUUCAGCAGCAACAGCAAAUGCUCCAACAACAACAACAGCAGCAGCAGCAGCAACAACAGCAGCAGCAACAGCAAAUGCAACAGCAGCAGCAACAACAGCAGCAGCAACAGCAAAUGCAACAGCAGCAGCAACAUCAGCUGUCAGUGAACCAACAGUAUGUCCAACAACAAUCAGUACAGCCACUAAACAUGGCGCUGGUACAACAGCAAGCUCAACAACUCCCUCUAGAACAGACACAACAACUAGUACAGCAGCAUCAGCAGCAACAACAAAAACAACAAGAGGUUAACCCUCAGCAGCCGCAGGUGCCCCAGCAGGCUCCUCUCCAGAAGCAGCCGUCAUUACAACAGUCAGAGUGGGAGAGGUCUACAGAGGAGGACAGUGUGACAGAGGAUACAGGCAGUCACUCUGCCCCUCUACAUCCCUCCUCAGACGUAUCUCUGCCCCCUCUGCCCCUCAACAUUAACACAACCUCUGAUGCCCCCCUACUGCCCCUCUCCCUCACCCUGACCCCAUCCCCAGUCCAACCAUCCUCUGUGGCCGAGUCGGACAGUGAGGGCCCUCCCAAAAUCGAGUUUGUAGACAACCGCAUUAAGACUCUGGAUGAAAAGCUGAGGAACUUGUUGUAUCAGGAGUAUAGUAGUGGGGCAGCUGUGACGGGGGGAGCUGCUGUGGCUUCUACCGCAGGUGCCACUGCAGUGUCAGCAGCGUCCACAUCGGCAGGAGGGGAUGAAUCCUCGGAGCUGCACUCGAUCCAACCCUCCUCCUUCCCUUCUCCCGUGUUGUCCUCCUCAGACACCUCUCCUCACUCCUCCUCCUCCACCACCUCCUCCACCACCUCCCGCUCCUCCUCCACCUCUCCUGACCUGGAAAGAGGGAGAGGAGUGGGGGAGGAGGCUCCACCAGCAAACCCGGUGGAGCAGCAGCCCGGGCCGUCUCUCUCCUCCUCCUCCCUCGCUUCCUCCCUCCUGGCCUCCCCACACGGAGACUCGGCCGGGCACCCGCCUGUCCCUGGAGAACUCACCGUUUUUGCUGCCCCCCCUCACUCUGACACCAGUACCCCAGGAGAAGUCACUACGUGGCCCCCAAAUCUGCACCCCAUCCCCCUGGGCCCUGGAUCGCCGCCACAGCACAAUGCAGGAGGUGGAUAUUUUGGCCUAAACCUGACAUGUCCUAGUAUCAGAAAUCCCGUUAGCAAGAAAUCCUGGACUCGCAAAUUCAAAAGCUGGGCGUGCAAACUGCGCCACUCCGCCAGCUCGUUCAAGAAGCCCAGAGUCCAGCAAGACGGUCACUCUAGUGGCAGUCAGGCAGUCAGAGAGGCGAGAGAGGGGGCUUCCUCCAACCCUCCUCACUCACUCAAGGGACGAUUUCAGGUCACCCCAGUGCCCCAGCCCCCUGAGGCCUCUCCCCCCAAGGAGGCAGCCUGCGGUACGGGCAGCAGCCACAGGAAAGUGGGGCGCUUCUCUGUGACCCAGACGGAGGCCCAGAAAGAGGAGAAAGAACUGACGGACAGCUCCCCUGUGUCUCCUGACCUGGAGAGAGAGAGGAGGAGGACCCGAGGGAAGGAGGGAGAGAGGGAGGAAGGGAAGAGGACUCCAGCACUGAGCCACCCACCCCGAGGACAUGGUCACGGGCAUGGUCAUUCUCCCCUGGGCAGUAGCGAUGAUGAGGAGAGUGAGAUGGAGGAUGAAGACCUGAGGAAGGAGCUGCACACGCUGAGAGAGAAGCACAUCAAGGAGGUGGUGUCCCUCCAGGCUCAGCAGAACAGACAGCUCCAGGAGCUGUACAGACAGCUGCGCUCCCUCAAAGACCACCGGCAGACCCUGCCCCGCACCCCACCCUUCCCCUCAGGGUCCCCAGCCCUCUCCCCCCGCAGGCCCAGGCAGGCCAAAGCCAAGCUCCGGCCCAGGCCCCACUCCCACAUGGACAACAAUGUACUCGCUGGUCACCCCGGUAUACAACAGUCCAGUAGUUUCUCAGGGGGAGAACAGAGAAAACUGCCGCCAUACUGCAACCCAGAACAAACCACCCUACUGACUACCAAAAGAGACCACAGUCCUCCCUCCCAGGGUGCCAGAAAGAGCAUGUUCACAGAUGACUUGCACAGACUGGUUGAUGAUUGGACGAAGGAGACAGUGGGUCCCGCCGCUCCCAAGCCCUCGCUCAAUCAGAUCAAGCAGAUUCAGCAGGUGCAGGAGUUGGGAGGGUGGCCACAGGCCACAGAGGUGGCUCCUCCUGGUUGGUUCCCUGUGGCACCACUGAACCCCCAGGCCUCCCCAGCCCCCUCCAGCCUCACUGCUCCAACCCCAGCUCAGUACACCACUGGGGGGAGCCUGAGCCAGUGGAGAGGGGUGGGGGGACCACCAGGACCACAACAACAACAAACACACAUGCCUCCAGUCCCUCAGCUGCAGCAAAGUUUACAUCUCCAGCAAGCCCAGCCUACUCACCCAUUACAGAUACAGCCCCUAAUCCAGACUCCACUACUGUCUCAGUCCCUGUCUCCCGUAGAGCCACAGACAGGGCAACAACAGAUACCCCAGCAGCCCCAUUUAGGUGUAGGAGCCCCACCUCCGAAUCAGAAUAAACCUCUGUUGCCUUCCCAGGUGUCCCCGUCGUCUCAGCUGGCCCUAGCUCAGCCUGGGUGUCUGAUUCCUGGGUCUAGCAACAAUGCGGUAGUGGAGCCCAUCGACACUGGCGCUGCUCCUGCUGCUGCUGUUUCUGCCUCCGGUGGCCCCGGGGGGACAUUGUGCUUCUGCUCCUCCUCUUCCUCCUGCUCCUCCUCCUGCUCUGCUGCUGCUCGACCAUCCAGUGCCAAACUUCACCCCACGCCCCCAACCUCCACUCUUCCUCUGGGACAGCAGUAAAAAGAAAAUGAGAGGGGAAGAGUGUUAGAUUAGGAUGGAACGAGGGAAGUAGAAAAAAGAUGGAGAUGAUGGAUGUGCAAAAACCAUGUGGAAAGUUUGAGAUUGUGUAUGUUAUGAGAGGUAACGUCUGACAAUGAGAAAAUGGACGCCAUUAUAUUUGUAAAGAUGAGAUGGGAAGUGAAUGUGAGAGAUGGUUGAGUCUAUGUAGACAGAGUAUGUACAGACAGAGGGCAAUGUGGAACUCUGGGGGGGGG